GAAAGCGGUAGUUGUAGUUGCUGAGCGAGUGACCCUCAACAUACAGAGCUAUAAGAAAACAUGGGGGUUAAAAUAGAAAUAUUUCGGAUGAUGCUGUAUCUGUCCUUUCCUGUGACCAUGUUCUGGAUCUCCAACCAGGCUGAGUACUUUGAGGAGUACAUAGUGAAGAGAAAGAGAGAGAUUUUCCCACCGGAUGAAAAAAUGCAUAGAAAAGAGCUUGAAGAGUUUAAGGAGCGCAUGAGAAUGCGGAAAGAGCAGAAGAUGCUUAAACAAAUGGCCAUGGAAGCAGCAGAAGAAUAAACAGUACUGAGAAAUUGGAAGCCCUAAGGGACUGAUUUUAUGGCUUAUCUAAUGCCACACCAUGAUGCACCUGGGUUUGGCCUGAAUUUUGCAUACUGAGCUGUAAAAUGGUGACAGUUCCAAAAAGGCACAGUGAAUGUGCAGUUUUGUAAAUACAACAACAACAUAUAAGAAUAUAAGAACACUGGGUUGGAUGGAUUGCUAGACGAUGCCUUAUAUUUAUUUUUUAAAUAAACAUACUUGUUUUUUCUUGUUUAACAUGUUUAUACCGGGCGGCACGGUGGCUAAGUGGGUAGCACUGUCGCCUCACAGCAAGAAGGUCCUGGGUUUGAUCCCCAGGUGGGGCGGUUCGGGUCCUUUCUGUGUGGAGUUUGCAUGUUCUCCCGGUGCCCGUGUGGGUUUCCUCCGGGUGCUCCGGUUUCCUCCCACAGCCCAAAAACAUGCAAGUGAGGUGAAUUGGAGAUACUAAAUUGUCCAUGACUGUGUUUGAUAUAACCUUGUGAACUGAUGAAUCUUGUGUAAUGAGUAACUACUGUUGUCAUGAAUUUAACCAAAGUGUAAAACAUGACGUUAAAAUCCUAAUAAACAAACAAAACAUGUUUAUACCAUGUUUAUUCUCUGUAAUCUGGUUGAACGACUGGCUACCCAUUUGGGCACAGAUACAUGUACAUUCAUAAAGUUCAUGCAUUUUGAAAACAUGCAAUAAAAACAAGAAUCUGCGAGAUAAUGA